AAUAAAUCGACGUCUGUGAUAGGAGCUUUCUAAAAAUAAAUGUCAAAUUCGUAGGGCUGUAGAUUUAGCGAUUUUUUUCAAAGUAACGUAAACACGGUAAUUAGCACGAAAAUCAAUGGAGUGCAUAGUUUCAGGUAACGGGAGCGAGAAUGUAGAAAAUGUAUUGCAAAACAGUACCAAAGACGACAGUGAUAAAUCUACGGAGCCUACGGAAUGUAAAAUAGCGAAAACCGAGGGGGACGGAGCCGUAGGUUCCAAUGGAGCUCAAGAGACUAUUGAUAUUAAAGUGAUUUACAAUAAAAAAAAGUAUGACGUGAGCGCGCCCUCGGAUUCCAGUAUAUCGGAGUUUAAAAAACAGUUACAGGGCCUUUUGGGGGUGCCUGAUUCGAUGCAGAAGCUGAUGUACAAAGGUCUAUUGCAAGAUACUCAAACGAUAGCCGGUUCGGGCAUCGUGAAAGGCUCGAAGGUGAUGUUGGUGGGCUCUACUCUGAAUGACAUUCUUGCCGUAUCGUCGGUGACCAAACAGGAUGUGGCGGAGUUGGAGAAAGCCUCCAGCGCAAAGGAGCCUCUCUGCAAACAGAAAAUCCACCGGAAAGUCUUGGACAAAGGACUCCCGGAAGAUGUAAUGCCGGGCAUUAAGAAUGUCAAAGAAGGUUUGCCUCCCGUACCCUUAUCCGGCAUGUUGAAUAAGCACGGCGGCAAGGUGAGGCUGACUUUUAAGCUCGAAAACGACCAAUUAUGGCUCAGCACUAAAGAAAGGACUGAGAAACUUCCGAUGGGGUCCAUCAAGAGUGUAAUAUCGGAACCGAUCGAAGGCCACGAUGAAUACCACAUUGUGGGGUUGCAGCUGGGUCCCACGGAGGCGUCCCGCUAUUGGAUAUACUGGGUACCCGCGCAGUAUGUGGACGCGAUCAAAGACGCUGUCCUCGGAAAGUGGCAGUUUUUUUGACCGCCCGAAUUUAUUUUUCUACGGUUACGCGCUCAGUGAAGGUUACAUUAACCUUCGGGUCUCCGCGUAUGACAUCAUUUCGUUUUUUUUUUUGUGGAAAUCUCCUUUAACGCGAAUUAUUUUUUAAGAGAACCUAU